AUGAGGGAUGAUCCUCUAUCAACGCAAGAAUGUGAAUUUUAUCAAAAAUCAUUCAGGGAAAAUUCACGUUUUGAUAAUAGAUCUAAUUUAGAUCAUAGUAAUUUAAGUAUAAUGUUUGGUAAAGAGUUAGGGACAUGUUUUGUUACACUUGGACAAACAAAAAUUCUAGCUAAAGCAGUUUUAAGUUGGAGUUCAACACGUGAAAAUAGAAAAAGUUCUGGAUUUAUUGAAAUGUUUGUAUCGAAAGGAAAUUUAGGUAGUACAAAGGCUGAACCUUUAAAAUUAGAAGGAAGACAUUUAGAAAUGUUACGAUGUCUUGAAUAUGUUAUCCGGGAGACAGAUUGUGUUGAUGUCGAUAGUUUGUGUAUACGUAUUAAAGAGACCUGUCUUCAGCUACGUAUUGAUAUUCAUAUAAUAGAUGACUUUGGUGGUUUAUGUGAUGCUGGUAGUAUUGCUGUAAUUGGUGCUUUAAAACAUUGUUAUGUACCAAUGUACGAAACAACGGCAGAAUGUGAUUAUAUUUACAACGAUCUCUAUAAAUAUGGAAAACCUUUGACGGUUUUUCAUACACCAAUUGCAACAACUUUUGGUUUAUGGAAUGACACUGGGAUAUGUGUUGUUGAACCAACAAAUCGUGAGGAAAUGGCAUUAGAUGGGCAAGUUGUUAUAUCUGUAAAUAAUCGUAGUGAAGUAUGUGGAAUUUACCAAAUCAAUCAAAUUGAUAUAAAUGCUUCUAAAAUGUCAGAACUAAUACAAAUUGCCGAAAAAAGAACUAAAUUUGUUACUGAAGUUCUUAACAAUGCUCUAGUACAAGACGCAACAAAUAGGAAACAAGGAGUUCCUGUAAAGCCAUUCCACUCUUUGAUUGACCUUAACUCUAUUAAUACUUUUGUAAUGUGA